GGCUUUUUCCCAGUCGUAACGCCCUUGUCCACUGUUGUCAUCCUGUGUGCUGCCUUCAGUCUGUGCAGUCUUGCCCUGCUGCUGCUGGUGAGGUAACAGUAUGGGGACUCCCUUCGGAUUGAUCCUGGCUGCCUCUUCUCUAAUCCUAUUGCUCUCACAUCCCUGCCGUGCGGCAAAGUCUGAGCUAAAAGUAACUACCAUAAAGCAAGACCCGUACACGAUGAGCAAGGGCUCUCAGCUGGAGGGUUACUGCAUGGACCUGCUGUCUGAACUAGCCAAGAAACUGGGCUUCAAGUACAAAGUCCACCUGGUGAAGGACGGUUCCUACGGCCGCAUGGACGAGAGCGGUCACUGGAACGGCAUGAUCGGCGAGGUGCUCCGAGGGGAGGCUGACCUGGCCAUAGCCCCGCUCACGCUGACCGCGGCCAGAGAGAGAGUGGUGGGCAUGACCAAGCCUUACAUGCAGACCGGCAUCAGUAUCCUGCUGCGCAGGGACAUCGUUUCCGACGGCUCGGCCUGCUUCGACUUCCUGCGCCCUUUCUCAGCGGAGACCUGGUUCGGCGUCCUUGUUGCUUACCUCAUCACUGCUGUCAGCAUCUGUCUCGUGGCCAGACUGAGCCCGGGUGAGUGGAGCCAGCCCGAAGCGGGAGGCAGCCCCUUCACUCUGUCGCACAGCCUGUGGUACGCUGCCGGAGCUCUCAGCCUGCAAGGGCCUGGUCCGCACCCCAAGGCCCUAUCCGGCCGUGUGGUCAGCUGCACCUGGUGGUUCUUUGCCGUGAUACUGCUGGCCUGCUACUUCUCCAACCUCAGCUCCAAGCAAGACUCAGAAUCCACCCACCUCAUGAUAAAGGGCUUCGAGGAUCUGGCCAAUCAGAACGUUGUAGAGUACGGGACGCUGGCAGGCUCUUCCACACUUGCUUUCUUCAAGAACUCCAAUAAUCCCGUUUACCGUCGAAUCUACGAGCACAUGGAGAGAAUGAAGAGUUAUGUCUCGUCGAUGGACGAGGGGGUCCAGAGAGCCAGGGAGGGCAGCUUUGCCUUCAUCGGGGAGUCCGUGUCGUUGGACCUCGCCGUAGCCCGGCACUGUGAGCUUGUCCGGGUACAUGAGGUCAUCGGCAUGAGAGGUUACAGCAUUGUGAGCCCUCUGGGAUCACCUAUGCUGAAGAACCUGAGCGUGGCCGUGCUGCAGCUGAGCGAGGCCGGCGAGCUGGCCUACCUGCGCAGUAAGUGGUGGUCCAGCAGCUGUGUGGCCCAGCUCACUAGGACGUCGGCCCCCCAUGCGCCCGGUGUGAAGGGCGUCUUCCUGCUGCUGGCUGGAGGGCUGCUGCUGGGACUGCUGCUCGCCCUGCUGGAGCUCAGCUCCCAGUCUCGCCACAUGGCCCAAGAGCAGAAGAGGUCGUGCUGCUCGGUUCUGACCCAGGAACUCAGUCAGCGCCUCAGGAUGAGCAACACAAAGAGAGAACAGGAAACCUCAGAUAAAAACAAGGCCUAAAUGUAGCCUCCUUCUUCACUGGACUAUUCCCGUCUCCUCAAAUAAUAUAAUGUCUCUUCUGAUGCUUCUGUUGUGAUACAUAUUUUCAUUUUUACUUUUAGGUAAAUGAUCAAGUCUCUCACUUCACGGACUAGUAUUUUAAACCUGUAAAAGUUUAAAAGUUUUUAACAUAGAAUAAUAUUAAGAGUGAAUACUUUAGUGUAUAUGGCAUACAAACUCAGAUUAAUCAGAUUAGUGUAUGAAGAGAUUCUAAUCAGAUCUUAUGACAGCAAGGGGAGUAUUUCAGCACGGAUCACAUUAAUUUCAGUAUUUCAGUACUGAUCACAUUAAUUUCAGUAUUUCAGCAUGGAUCACAUGAAUUUCAGUAUUUCAGCACGGAUCACAUGAAUUUCAGUAUUUCAGUACUGAUCACAUUAAUUUCAGUAUUUCAGUACGAAUCACAUGAAGUUCAGUAUUUCAGCAGUGAUUAUAUGAGGAAAAGUCUUCUUGUUCUAAUAUUGUGCAGCUAGCGUGAGAUGUUUUUCUAAAAGCACCUCAGAAGUAGAAAGAAUAUUCAGAUCAUUUUAGCUUGUGUGGUCAGAGAUGAAUUUACACAGUUCAGAGAUGAAUUUAUACAUUUAAAAGAUUUUAAAAUAUAUAUAUUUUCAAGAUAUCAAAUGUUUAAGAGUAAAUACCAGACAAUGCUGUGAGACAUUAUACUAUAAGUGGAACAUUUAUUUACCAUUUAAAUGCAUCAUUUGAAAAUGUAAUUUUCCCAGUGUCGUAAAACGCAUUUACAGCAACAGGGAGGCAGGCGUUCUUGCGCACUGUUAUUAACGAAAUAAUAAACAUACUUUAACCAAA